CUUGUUCUUGGUAUCUUCUUCUUGUGCUCAGAAUCUCUUUCAUUUCCUCUCUCUUUCACAAUGAAAAGAGCAAAGGUUAGCCCUGUGUAUGAAGGGAGAGGAAGGAAGAGAGGCAUAGAAGGAGAAGAAGAGGGCGAGGACUCAUCAAAGAGUGCGAGAAUGAGUGCAAAGGCAAGAACAAAUGGCCUUCGGGCUAGGAAAGCUCUAUCCAUCAUUUCCAAUAACCGAACGAUAAUAACCAGGUCUAUGUCAACCAAAACAGUGGAGGAGAACGGUGAAGAAAACGUGGUUGAGGUUAAAGGAGAGAAGAAGAACAUGAAUGAUGAUAACAAAGCUUUGGAGGAGCAGCAGCCUGUCAAUGAGGUGGCGGAGAAGGAGGGAGAUGAUGAUGGGGGGUUGACCUUGGAGGACUGGCCAUUGACAUGGAGUUUUGAGGAGGAGUUGACGUGGUUCAAAACAGGGCAUCAAUGUGGAUGGUACUCCUAUUGGGAGACCAUGAAUGGUGAUUUCUGGAAGCCAAAAUACGACAACCAGGAGGACUUUUGGAACGCUGAGCCGUGUAACUUUGAUGGCAAAAAUGAAAUCCCAAAGCCUUAGAUGAUAGCUAUUAUGUAUCAGUCUAUCAUUGUUGUUGUCUGUCUGUUUGUUUUUGUGCGUGUCUUAGAAAGACGGAAGGAUAGGGAUCUAGAGGAAAGGAGAAAAACCUGUCUUUAGGUAGAAAUGCAUUACUGCAAACAGCUGCUAUCUUAUGUUUAUCGUUUCAGUAUUUACACUAUGAU